AUACUUCCAUUAAAUAAGCAUAUGAUCCUUUAGAAGAUCGACAAGCUCUGCCUCAUUGGAAUCAUCUUGACACGCAUGGUCCAUUCUAUUUUACGGCCUACGGUGACAUAGACUAAUAACUUGUUGGAAGUAUUUGGCCCAUGAUGGAUUCUAGACACCCAUUAUCUAAGAGCCCUUCCAUUUCAAUCUCAGAACAUGAGUGGGAGGUGGAGGAGCUAUCCCGUGAUAGUGCUCAGGCAACUAUUGAGCGCCGUUUUCAAGAGAUGCCGGAGCGCACCGAAUACCCUGUCAUUGAUAUGACUCAAGAUCCUGACGAAUUCGAGCAAAAGGAGCGCGAAAACGAAGACUUGCUAGAACCAGCGGUUGCCAACGUCAUAGAAGUCAUCGACCUAACGACGUCGACGUCGGGGCGAAGACCACGUAAUGUAGUAAAUCCUCCAAGGCGCAACCCAUCUAUAACCCUACCGAAUCAAUGGGUAAAUACUUAUGACUUCAACGGUGUAGAACUCAAACCUGGAACGACGGUUGAGAUUACACCACUUCCGCGACUCUAUCAGGCUUCAUUCCUAAUGAUUCAGCUCAUCGUCCCCACCGAAUCUGGCGUAAUUCUCCGAGGUCUCCCGCUCACGCGCACGAAGAACCUACGAGGUAAGCUACCACGGCUUCGUAAUGAACUCGUUUUCAUUCUCGAGAUCGACCAGGACGACCCACGGCCCGAGGAAAAUCAGACCGCGGUAGAAGUUCCGCUAGCUGGUGUCCUCAAGACUCGAAUCUGCCAUAUAACCAAUAAAAAUUUCCCAGAGCACCGAUUUCCAACAGGGAUCUACAAGGAUGUCAUUGAUAUUGAAGAGAACGCGGUCCUCAUAUGUCGCUGGAAAUAUAAGCUUAUAUACGCAAACGCCGCUAGGCGUGUUGGUAACAAGCCACCCACGGAGUUAGUGGUGGCACGGGUCAUACAGAGAGAAGUCAUAAAGGACAAAUUUCGGACGGAUGAUUUAUGUCUUAUGAACGUUUGGAGAGGUGGAAACGUUCGAGGUGGCUCGUACAUACCCGACGAACCAGGAAGCUCACGGUUAACAGUAGAUCUGGAUGAAUCAAGUACCCAAGGUGACGCAUCGCAGCCCGCUUGGGUCCCGAAGAAGCCUGGGCAGCAAUUUACUUUUGCUGACAUGUUUUGUGGCGCUGGAGGGGCAUCUUUAGGGGCGAGAGAGGCGGGCUUCCGCGUCAAGCUGAGCUGCGACAAUGCAGCGGGGGCCUGUAAUACCUAUCGACUGAAUUUCCCCGAGGCAGAUUUACACCAGGAAGAUAUGUAUGACUUCAUCAUAUCGAUGCGAGACUCUACCAUUCGUGUAGACAUACUUCAUCUCUCCCCACCAUGCCAGUAUUGGUCUCCUGCGCAUACUACUCCUGGUACUAACGACGACGCAAACAUCGCAAUUUUAUUCGCUUGCCACGAGCUGGUCAAGAUUCUUCGGCCCCGAAUUUUUACUUUGGAACAGACGUUCGGCAUCCUGCAUCCCAGGUUCGAAUACUAUUUCAACGCUUUGAUCUAUGGAUUUACUCAGCAUGGGUAUUCCGUGCGUUGGAAGAUAGCCAACUUACUAAUUUGGGGAACGCCAUCUCAGCGACAGCGCUUGGUCAUGAUUGGUUCUUGUCCUGGUGAAGAAUUACCGCCGUACCCAGCUGCGACCCAUUCCAAGGAUCCCUCCUGGGGAGACGGGACGAAACGAUAUAGAACUGCCUGGAGUGUGCUGCGAAGGAUCCCACGCGACACCCAUACACACGACGAGCUUCAUCAGCCCAGGUCAAUGAAGCGGCUACGUUUCCCGCCUUGGAACCCUGAAGUACCACUUGCUCGCACUAUCACUUGCGGGGGUGGCGUUGGUAACUAUCACUUUAGUGGCAAGAGAGCUUUUACAGUCCGGGAAUUUGCAAUGCUACAGAGCUUUCCUGUGGAUUACCAAUUCCAACGACCUGAACAGAAGAGGCAAGUCGGUAAUGCAUUCCCACCUGUUGUGGUCAAAACGCUCUAUAAGCAUCUUCGAAGAUGGUUAGAGCGAAAGGACCUCGUGCAUGCAGAUUCGAAUGAGCUUUCCGCGCCCGAAUCCGAGGGCGAGGAAGGAAAUAAUAAUGAACCCGACUGGCAACAUGACUUCCAAGCUGAUGACGAUAGUGAUGUGGAGUGCCUCGGGGAAUGGGAGGUUGAUAAGAACUUUGGUGAGGUAGAAUUUCUAGGUGCGCGAGGUAUCAAUAGGAACAGUAGUGACAUAGAACUCUUAGGAGGACGAAGAAUUCGUCAACACUCUAGUAUAGUUACGAUUCAUAAUUCGGAUUCAGAAGACGGUAUGGAUAUUGAUAUUACGAGCCAGGGAAUUCGCAGUCCAGAUAUCUGUAUCGAUGCCAAUCAAUCGAAAGGCAGCGACUUUAGUCGUCCCAUUUUGCUCGAUUGAGGAAGACAGCAUCAUUCGCCUUUGUGUAUUGAGCUUGUUUAGGAAGGGCUGUAGGGUUGAAUGAGACUGUAAUGUCAGCAUUUCCAGAUAUGGGAAUUGCUGAGGUCUUAGAGCCGGCUGAACUCAUUCGAGGGGGUGAUGGGCUUAAAAUUAAUCAAUGUAAUUUUAGAGAUAAACGGUAUGAUCACGAGGUGUAUUCGCCUCAAUAUUCCACCAACAGGCAUCAGACCAGG